GCCUCUUAUCUCUUCCCAUGCGUGUGUAUUUAAAGCCCUAAUUGAGAAAUGCAGUGAUUAUUUACACGGUGCCCACGUCUCCGAUACCAACUCGCACGCGACGUCGAUUUAGGUUUUGAGAGUAAACUCGCGCGUGGGGCGGAAAGAAAAAAAGUUAGGGUAAAGCCCCGCACGUCGCCGUCUCUCUUCCCCCAAUGGCACAGCGGAUCUCCUCGACGCCGUGCGACGCGUCCUGCUGCGAGGCGACAGAGGCGGCGCCGCUGCUGGACGUCGAGAAGGGCGUGCCCGAAGAACGCGCCACGUCGUCGCUGGCGGACGAUGGGGGCGUGGAAACGUCCGGCUGCCGGCGCUUUUUCCAGGGGUUCUUGGCCGUUGUGUGGCUGUACAUGGUGAAUCAGAUGAGGAAAGAUUAUAGCGCUUCUUAUGGUAGUGAUCGCCUUUACUGUCGCCAACGUGUUUCACUUGGUCAGCACACAGCCUGCGUAUCCUCCGGCAUAAUCUACCUCCGUGUUUCACUGAUUUGUUUGGUAGCCCACUUUUACCUAAUAAAGUACUUAUUCGUCGACGAAUAAGUGUGCAUAUAAUUUUUUUAGGACAGAUUAUGAAGUGGGGUAAAAAAAUAGUACGGUGGAAAGGAGCAAGCCACCAUCUCUCUUCUCUUUAACUACUUCAACCUCAAUGAGCUAAGUGCAUGUUGAAGUGAGUAGACCAUGUGUUGAAUGUUAUUGGUCUUUAUUA